CGUAAACCCGACUGAUAAAGUAUUACUUAUAGUAGAGAAUGUUAAUGAAUAUAAUGAAUGAAGAAUAUUCAUCAACAUUCUCUGCUUAUAGAUCCAAACAGGAAACAGCCUUUGACCGGUUAUAAAUACAGACAUCUAUUACAUUUGUUAAUUCUUAUUGGAAAUAUUGCUCAAGUGGCAGAUAUUUGCCGAAUCCAUAGCGUUGAGAUUUAUUUUAAUUGUAAAUGUUAUAUAUAUGUUAUUUUUAUAUGCCGCAUCCUAUACACUGCUAGAAAAAAUAUUGAAAAUCCUUCAUAGCAUUUCAUUAUAAAGCGACCUCACGUUUGAAUUAUUUAUAUCGCAACUGCUCUGUUAAUUAACGCGUAUUUGCGAUAUAGCGAAGUGCUGAGGAAACUUCAAAUAAGCCAAAUUCCACAAUUUAUAACCGUCUUUUAUAUUAAAAAACUAGCAAAUUAAUAGUUUAAGAAAUCUCCGCAAUUUUUUGAAUGACUUAUUUAUGAAUAGUACCGCGCCAUAAUCUAUCAUAGAAAUCAACUCUGUAUCCAAUGUAUUCACAAUGAUUGGGUAACAAAGCAACUUCGAAAAUUUCGCACAACAAAGAUCAAACAACAUGGAAGUAGGCUUACCGAACAUAAGAUAGAGCAGGACAACAUAUAUUAUGUUCGUGCAAAAGUCAUUCGAAAAGAAUUUUGAAAAUUCUGCUACAAACGGUUUUCAUUAUCCUCCGCGAUCAUAUUUUUCUAAGCACACUUUCAUCGCUCCUUUGUGCGCUUUAGUUGAUCGUUAAUUCGUUCGAUUGUCAACGUUUGUCUUGUAUUAUUGAUUUUUUAAACUGGUUAAGUAUAAACGUUGUCUAAUUAGUUUAUAUUGCGACAAAGACAAGCGCGCGAGAUUGUUUGUAUAUAUUUUACGCUAAAAUUAGUUUGUUUCGCGCAAAUAUCGCAUAUAUUCUUAGUGCAGUCAACGCUUGCCGGGAAUAUUGUGUGUAUAAAGACAACGAAAGUUAGCGGAUUUAGGUUUAGUUACGGAGGAUCUGUGCAGUAAACGUACGUGCAAGUGUGUGUGUGCGUGUUUAAAUAAGCAGCUGAAAUCUUGCACGCUAUGGCACAAAAGACUGAUGAUAAAACGUCUGAUAUACCAGAGAGGCUCUAUGAUGCUACAUCUCGGUCCACUUACAAGCGUAUGCGUUUUUUUGGAAAAGGUGGCUUUGCAAAAUGUUAUGAGAUAGUUGAUGUGGAGACCAACAAUGUAUAUGCGGGCAAGAUUGUAUCUAAAAAAUUAAUGUUGAAACAUAAUCAAAAGGAAAAAAUGUCUCAGGAAAUCACAAUACAUAAAAGCCUGAGUCAUGAAAAUAUUGUUAAGUUUCACAGUUUCUUUGAGGACAGUUUCAAUAUCUACAUUGUAUUGGAGUUAUGCAAAAAGAGAUCCAUGAUGGAGCUGCAGAAACGACGUAAAACAAUUACUGAAUACGAAUGUCGAUACUACAUCUAUCAGAUUAUACAGGGUGUUAAAUAUUUGCAUGAUCAUCGCAUCAUACAUCGUGAUCUCAAAUUAGGCAAUCUCUUUUUGGAUGAUUUACUACACGUAAAGAUUGGUGAUUUUGGUCUAGCGACGCGCGUUGAGUACGAAGGUGAACGCAAAAAGACACUAUGUGGUACACCAAAUUAUAUUGCGCCAGAGAUUCUCAACAAAAAAGGACAUUCCUUUGAAGUCGAUAUUUGGUCUAUUGGUUGCGUCAUGUAUACGCUGCUAGUCGGUCAACCACCAUUUGAAACAAAAACACUAAAAGAUACAUAUGAGAAAAUCAAAAAGUGUCAAUACAGAGUACCAAGUUAUCUACGUAAAUCGGCGGCUGAUAUGAUUGUUGCCAUGUUGCAAUCUAAACCGGAAUUGCGGCCAACCAUUGGCAAAUUAUUGAAUUUUGAUUUUCUCGCCUGUUCUCCAGUGCCCAUGUUCUUGCCCAGCUCUUGUUUGACCAUGGCACCACGUCUCGAAGUUAAUGAGGCUUUGGCUGGAGAUGGCAUGGGACACCGCAAACCUUUAUUAGAAUUGAACGGCAUAAAGGAUGAUACACGGUUAGAACAUACAUUCCUUAAAAAUAACUUGCACGAUGCCAUUACUGCAUCUGCACAAGUUUUCCGUCAUAAUGAAGAUUAUCGUGCUGAUAUUGAGAGCCUGCAUCAACAAUUGACCGAGCUCAUUAAUGCGAAGCCGAAGCUGCUGUACCGUAAUUUGGGUGAUGAAAACACAGAUCCAGCAGCACAACCGCUUUUCUGGGUGUCAAAAUGGGUGGACUACAGUGACAAAUAUGGUUUUGGUUAUCAAUUAUGCGACGAAGGAAUGGGUGUAAUGUUUAAUGACACUACGAAACUCAUAUUGUUGCCUAACCAGAUCAAUGUGCAUUUCAUUGACAAAGAUGGAAAGGAAACGUACAUGACCACCACCGAUUACUGUCAAUCAUUGGAUAAGAAAAUGAAGUUGCUCACGUACUUUAAGCGUUACAUGACCGAACAUCUUGUCAAAGCCGGUGCAAACAAUGUGAACUUCGAAAGCGAUCAGAUUUCCCGUAUGCCACAUUUACAUUCGUGGUUUCGCACAACAUGCGCUGUUGUUAUGCAUUUAACUAAUGGUUCACUGCAGCUGAAUUUCUCCGAUCAUAUGAAGAUUAUAUUGUGUCCGCGUAUGAGUGCCAUUACUUAUAUGGAUCAUGAGAAGAAUUUCCGUACUUACCGUUUCUCAACCAUCAAACAACAUGGUUGCUCUAAGGAUCUGUAUCAGAAAAUGCGCUAUGCUCAUGAGAAACUUAGUAAAAUGUUGGAGAAAAUGCUCUUUUAAAAUCAAAACGAUAGAUGUGUUGAUUCAGUAGAAAAUUGCCAUACUAUAUGCGUAUUCAUUUGGCUUCCAGCGUUAAAUUGGCCAUUUUAAUGUAUAAUGUGUUAAAAUUUCUCUAGCGUUCUAAGCCAUGCAACAACAACCAAUCGAUUGAAAAAGAACAUAAAACACUAAUAUUUUUACGAAAUGUUAGUUUUUGUAUAAUUAGUUUUAUUUUGUAAAAUCGUAUUUUUUUAAUGUUAGUUUUUUGUUAAUUUUUUUUUUUUCAUUUAUUUCGUAACUUUCAUAGCGCAUUCCCAUAUAUAUGUAUACAUGGCGCUAGUCGUCUAAUAAAAAUCACCGAUACCACCUUUCACAAACUAAUUUGCAGCAGUCAUUACGAGUGCACUUUUGGCUCUACGUCUUAUAUAUCCCAGAUUGCUGCACACAUACAUACAUACGUACAUAAAUAACGAAAACUACGUUUAACCUUAGGUUCUAAUAAAUUUUAGUUUGUGUUUUUAAUGCUAUUAAAUAAAAAUACAAAACAUUUUUAAAUUGAAUAAA